UACACCAUUUCCUGCAUUGAGCAAUUUGACCAUGGUGGCUACUUCUACGUUUCUGAAAUUAACUCCGCUUCAAUGGAACCCAUCUUUUGCAUACAAGCAACAUCGACAUCAUCAUCCUAAUGUUCAUUUCUACUCCAAACCACAAAGCAGAUCAAAUCUUGGUCGUCUACAAAUCGCCGUCAAAUACAAACAACCAACGUGUUUUGAUGCAGAUGGGAGAUCUGAAUCGAAUCAUGCUCAAUUACGGAAGAAUUCACUUUACAAAAUCGAGAUUCAGAUCAAGAAAACAUUAGAUUCUCUGAAAAAACCUGCUAUAGCUGCGGUAUUUAUGCUUGGUCUACUUUUGUUAUGUGAUAAUAAUUGGGCCUUGGCUGCGUCUGGUGGUAGAAUUGGCGGUAGCGCCUUCUCGUCUAGGUCUCAGAGUUCUAAGAGCUCUUCUUCCUCUUCUACAACGUUUUCUAAGUCGUCAUCGUCAUCAGGUUCGAGCUACUCGUCGCCAUCGUCAUCAGGCUCGAGCUACUCGUCGCCAUCUUCAUCAGGUUCGAGCUACUCGUCGCCAUCGUCAUCAGCUUCGAGCUACUCGUCGCCAUCCUUGUAUCUUGUUACGAUAGUUAUAGCAGCGGCUGUAGCCAUUGCUUGGGUUGUAGACAAGUCACAGAAUGACAUUCUAACCAAUGCUAAAACAACUAGCGUCCUUAGACUACAGGUGGGGUUGCUGGGCUCAGCGAGGACCUUACAACAAGAUUUCAAUAGCCUUGCUGAAACUGCAGAUACAUCCACACCGGAGGGUCUAAGCUAUGUUUUAACCGAGGCAACAUUGGCUUUGUUGAGGCACCCGGACUAUUGCAUCUCUUGUUAUUCAUCAGUGGAUGUGAAGCCGUGUAUAGAAGAAGGAGAGAAGCAAUUUAAUCUACUCUCCGUUGAAGAACGGGGAAAAUUCGACGAGGAAACGCUUGUUAACGUGAAUAGCAUAAAGAUUCGAAGCUCAAAGAUUCAUAGAGCUAGCGGUUUGAACAAUGAAUAUAUUGUGGUAACCAUAUUGGUGGCUACAGAGGGUACACUUAAACUGGAGACAAUAAAGGGAAGUGGAGAUUUGAAGGAAGCCUUACAUAAACUCGGGUCGAUACCGAGUAACAAAAUAUUGGCAGUAGAAGUACUUUGGACACCACAGAACGACAAGGACGUUUUGUCAGAAAGAGAACUACUUGAAGAUUACCCACUUUUACGGCCUUUCUAAAUCCGAAUCGGUUUAGUAUCAUCAGCAAACCGUGCGUCGUGCGAUAUAUCUAGAGCUUAAUUGGGUUUGAUACUUUGAUUCCUUAUUCACGGCCAAAACCGGUUUAAACUUGAUUUAACCAACAUUUAUUUAGUUAA